GUCACCGAUUCUUCCACUUGGAACGCGUUAAUGGGUGUGAGCGCAGAUUGCGGCGCAGCGCUGCUGCUUCGGAAGCCGUGCGGCACCGCUGCGGGUUCGAGAUGACCGUUCCCACGCUGCUGUGUGACGGUUAAAGAAAGGAUGUGGCCGCCUGUGUAUGUUGACUUGUGGCCUGCUGUCAUUGCUGCUGCUGCCGCUGGAUGCUGAGGGUUAGCUAACCUGUGCUAGCAGUGAGCUAAAGGGAUGGUAUGGGGCUAUGUCAUACAGAAGGCAGUCUCUGAGUUCUUGGCUCAGUAUCUCCGGGAUUCCUGGUUCUUGUGCAGGUUCAAGGCUGGUUACCGGCAGCUUAAUGCCGCCGGUUAGCAGUGUGUUUUGGUGAAGUAAACAAUAAAAGCAGCGGUUCUCCGCCGACAUGUAGCCGCUGUCAGGCUAACGUUGUGUGGUUACUGAUAGUUUAUCGCCAGCGAGCGACACAUUUUUUACGUUUAUGAUAUAAACUCACUUUGACUUGUUUUGGUUGAUCUUUUCAAACACAACUUUAUUGAUUAAUAUGUAGUAUCACAGAAAUAAAGCAAGCUAAAGGGUUAGCUGGCUACGCUAAUGUUAGCUCCAAUCUCCAGACGUCAACUUCUCCCGCCCGAGCUCGUUUGAAAACACGGUUCGGUUAAUUGGAUCGGACCUCAAGUCCCGUCCUGCAGACGUGAUGGGGGUGAAAUGGGGAUGUUCUGUUUCCCCGGGGGGUUUUAAUGUUUUUAACCUCUGUUGAGUCAAUGUGGCUGAAAGCAACCGCUUCGAACCGACACAUGUUUGAGAUCCGGAGGAGCAGGAGCAUGCUAAACCUUUGGGUCUGCUCCUCAUUGCUGCUCUUCCAUGAUGUACCAUAACCGUAGAUGCAGUGAGGGUUUGUCGCGAAGCAGUGAAAAUGUAAACAUUCAGUUUUAGUUUCAGGAGAGGCACUGCAUUCCCGACUAUUCCCUGGAAUUAGCUCUUUAAUUAAGCAGCGUUGCAAGAUCUGUGCUAUAAAAGCUGUCCUAUCCAAACAACCCGAAACAAAAAGUUUUAAGUUUUUUUUUACUAGAGAGAAACACUAUACGAUACUAUAAAUACUAUUUAUACAAGUUUGUGAGAAAAUAUGAUUAAAAAAAAUGACUACCUAGAAAGAAAGACUCCCUGGAAAGGGUGUAGUCUGAAACCACCGCUUUAGUUAUUUAGUAAGAACAAGUUGUGAGGUUUGAAAGUAAUUGGCUUAUUUUGAUUGUAAUAGACUUUCAGGUGUGCUAUGAAUGAUCACUAAAUGUGAAAGAGUAUCAUGAUCUUCAUUUUAAGGUGGUAAUGUGAUUCAUCAUUUAGUUUACUUUCAAAUUGGCUUCAUGUUUUAUUGAAGAAGUCUUGAAAUUAAUAACUAGGGAACUAGGAUGUCAAACAAAAUGUCAGCUCCCUUAUUAAAUCAUAUACAAAGAAGCCUAACUAUUCCAGUUGAAGUUCUGCUUAGGCACUGUUGUCGGAGUUGUUGUUUUUUUUAACCAUAUCAACGCAGUCACAGAUUUUGCUGCAAAACUCCACUGAACUUUAUUUAAAACACAGUGCUACUUACACAUUGCUUUUUCAUUGAAAAAUAUAUAUUUUUAAUAAUUAGUCAUGCUGCAUGAAAUGUAUUUCUUAAUAAACUGUUUCAGCAGUUCUUUUGAAAACUAGCAAUCAGGGUUAUGUCAAAAGCUGGAAAGAACUAGAGGAAAAUAGCAUGAAUAUAAUUCACUGGUGUCACAAUAUUUAAAACCUGUUUUGUUUAUCAAGUCAUUUCUACUGCUCUUACAGUUGUCCUUUAGUCUGUUGCUUUUGUUGGACAUUGGAUUUGCAUUUACAAUUAAGGAUGUCACCUUGAAACUCUGUGUAAAAGUUCAAUUUGAGUUUAUUGCCUUUGGAUAUGUACUGUUGCUUUUUUGUGUGAAGAAGCGAAGGUUAACAUAUUAAUAUGUUUUGGUCAUGGACCACCUGGGUGUAUAUGAUUAUGACAUCAUCUGUGGUGAGAUGCAAUAUCAGUGUGACUAAUGGAGCAAAGUAUUGAGUUUGAGCUCUUAUCUGUGGUCAGCAGGGUCUUUGACACUGACGCUGUGCUCCAAACUCCUCACCUUGUCAGUGAAUGCAUCACCAUUAUGAAACAAGACCUGAGCCCCCACCUCCCUCCUCCAGCACCACUACCACCACUGUUACCUCUUCACUUUUAAAUCCAGGCUUCCAUCAACGCUGACUUUGUUUUGAACCUGGCAGAUUCCACCAUGCUGAAUGUAUUUAUGAGUUUAUGAGUAAUGGGCUGUGACUCUGCAGAUUUUGUGUUUGGAACAUGGAAACAACAAACGGCCUUGCCCAGCUAGAGAUCCUAUGUAAGCAGCUAUAUGAGACGACUGACACCACCGUCCGACACCAGGCGGAGAAAGCUCUGGUGGAGUUCACCAACAGCCCUGACUGUCUCAGCAAGUGUCAGCUGCUGCUGGAGAGAGGAAGUUCGUCAUACUCUCAGCUCCUUGCGGCCACCUGUUUGUCGAAACUGGUGUCUCGAACCAGCAACCCUCUGCCUCUUGAGCAACGCAUUGACAUCCGGAACUAUGUUCUGAAUUAUUUGGCCACGAGGCCGAAGUUAGCGACAUUUGUGACCCAGGCGCUGAUCCAACUAUAUGCUCGGAUCACCAAACUGGGCUGGUUCGACUGUCAGAAGGAUGACUACGUUUUCAGGAACGUCAUCGCUGACGUGACGCGGUUUUUACAGGACAGUGUUGAACACUGCAUCAUCGGCGUCACAAUCCUGUCCCAGCUGACCAAUGAGAUUAAUCAGGCCGACACAACACAUCCUCUGACAAAACACAGAAAAAUUGCGUCAUCGUUCAGAGACUCCUCCCUCUUCGACAUCUUCACUCCUUCCUGCAAUCUGCUCAAACAGGCUUCGGGGAAGAACCUAAACCUCAAUGAUGAGUCGCAGCACGGCCUCCUGAUGCAGCUGCUCAAACUCAGCUACAACUGCCUCAACUACGACUUCAUAGGAACUUCCACGGACGAGUCGUCAGACGACCUGUGCACUGUACAGAUCCCCACAUCAUGGAGAUCAGCAUUUCUCGACUCCUCAACUCUGCAGCUCUUCUUUAAUUUGUAUCAUUCCAUCACUGCAUCCUUGUCUCCACUGGUGUUGUCAUGUCUGGUCCAGAUUGCCUCGGUCAGGAGGUCCCUCUUCAACAAUGCAGAGCGAGCGAAGUUCCUCUCACACCUGGUGGAUGGAGUGAAGAGGAUACUGGCCAACCCACAGUGUUUGCCCGACUCCAACAACUACCAUGAGUUCUGUCGCUUGCUGGCGAGGCUGAAGAGCAACUACCAGCUGGGAGAGCUGGUCAAAGUAGAAAAUUACCCCGAGGUGAUUCGGCUCAUAGCCAACUUCACCGUCACCAGUCUACAGCACUUGGAGUUUCCCCCCAACAGUGUCCACUACCUGCUGAGUUUGUGGCAGCGUCUGGCAGCAUCAGUUCCUUACGUCAAAGCCACAGAGCCUCACCUACUGGAGACGUACACGCCAGAGGUCACCAAGGCCUACAUCACGUCACGGCUAGAGUCAGUCCACGUCAUCCUCAGGGAUGGAUUAGAAGACCCUCUGGAUGACGCCGGCCUCGUCCAGCAGCAGUUGGACCAGUUGUCCACCAUUGGGAGGUGCGAGUACGAAAAGACGUGCGCACUGUUAGUCCAGCUGUUCGACCAGGCAGCUCAGACCUACCAGGAGCUGCUGCAGUCGACCAACUCCAGUGCAGCCGACAUCACUGUACAAGAAGGUCGGUUGACGUGGCUGGUUUACAUAAUCGGGGCAGUGAUUGGUGGACGGGUUUCAUUUGCAAGUACAGACGAGCAGGACGCCAUGGAUGGAGAGUUAGUCUGUCGGGUUCUGCAGUUGAUGAACUUGACAGACUCGCGGCUCGCUCAGGCUGGAAACGAGCGGCUGGAGCUGGCCAUGCUCAGCUUCUUUGAACAGUUCAGGAAAAUCUACAUCGGAGACCAAGUGCAGAAAUCAUCUAAGCUUUAUAGACGACUAUCAGAAGUUCUGGGUUUGAAUGACGAGACCAUGGUUCUCAGCGUCUUUAUAGGAAAAAUCAUCACUAACUUGAAAUACUGGGGACAAUGUGAACCAAUCACCUCGAAGACGCUGCAGCUACUCAACGACCUCUCGUUAGGGUACAGCUGUGUAAGGAAGCUGGUGAAGCUCAGUGCGGUGCAGUUUAUGUUAAAUAACCACACGAGUGAACACUUCUCCUUCCUGGGAGUAAACAACCAGUCUAAUCUGAGUGAUAUGAGGUGCCGGACCACUUUCUAUACUGCACUUGGGCGCCUCUUAAUGGUUGAUCUGGGCUUCAAGAACCUAAAACAAGCUGGUGAGGAUGAGGACCAGUUUGAACAGUUCAUGUUGCCUUUGACGGCCGCAUUUGAGACUGUGGCUCAGAUGCUGAGCACAAACACGUUUAAUGAGCAGGAGGCUAAGAGGACGCUAGUUGGCUUGGUACGGGACCUGCGAGGAAUUGCAUUCGCCUUCAACGCUAAGACAAGCUUUAUGAUGCUCUUUGACUGGAUUUAUCCAGCCUACAUGCCCAUUUUACAACGGGCCAUUGAGCUGUGGUACCACGACCCAGCAUGCACCACACCUGUCCUUAAACUCAUGGCUGAGCUCGUCCACAACAGAUCUCAGAGGCUUCAGUUUGACGUGUCGUCACCAAACGGCAUCCUGCUGUUCAGGGAGACCAGUAAGAUGAUCACUACGUACGGGAACCGGAUCCUGACGUUAGGUGAGGUUCCAAAGGACCAAGUGUACGGUGUGAAGCUGAAGGGAGUCAGCGUGUGCUUCACCAUGCUGAAGGCCGUGCUCAGCGGAAACUACGUCAACUUCGGUGUCUUUCGUCUGUACGGUGACGCCGCUCUGGACAACGCACUGCAGACCUUCAUCCAACUACUGCUGUCCAUCCCACACAGUGACCUACUCGACUACCCUAAACUCAGUCAAUCGUUCUACUCCCUGCUGGAGGUUCUGACGCAGGACCACAUGAACUUCAUUGCCAGUCUGGAGCCUCACGUUGUUAUGUAUAUCUUGUCCUCGAUAUCAGAAGGACUGACGGCACUCGAUACGAUGGUGUGCACGGGCUGCUGCUCCAGUCUGGACCACAUCGUGACCUAUCUGUUCAAACAGGUGUCCCGAUCAACAAAGAAGCGUCCGGCUCCCAUGGCAACAGACGAUCGCUUCCUGCACAUCAUGCAGCAGCACCCGGAGAUGAUCCAGCAGAUGUUGUCCACUGUUCUAAACAUCAUUAUUUUCGAGGAUUGUAGAAACCAGUGGUCGAUGUCACGGCCGCUGUUAGGCCUCAUCCUGCUCAACGAAAAGUACUUUGCUGACCUGAGGAACAGUAUCGUCAACAGUCAGCCUCCAGAGAAGCAGCAGGCCAUGCACUUGUGUUUUGAGAACCUGAUGGAGGGAAUCGAGAGGAACCUUCUGACCAAGAACCGUGACAGGUUCACUCAGAACUUGUCGGUGUUCCGACGGGAAGUCAACGACAGCAUGAAGAACUCGACGUACGGCGUCAACAGCAACGACAUGAUGAGCUGACAUUCCACACCGAACAAUCCCCCCCGUACCGCAGAUGGGGGCCUGCCCCCUCCUUCACCUUUCUCCUCCCCCUCUUUGCAUCAGCCUGGUCCCACUUUCUUUACCCCUCCUUGGGCCCGGAUGCCCAGGGGAAAAUCGCCUUUUCCACCUCCUGCUCCUCACCAACAUACAUGACUUACGGGAAUGUUGUUGGUCACAUUCAGCGAAGUGCCCGGCCCCCGCCCAGCCCAGCCCAGCCCACUCGCUGCCUCUCUCCUUUCCUCUUUGUUCCUUUUUUGAUAUAAGCAUAUAUAAAUAUAUACAGAUCUAUUUUAAAGCCAGUCUGACUGUCGAACAGAGGGGGGCGCAUGUGCGAGCGUUCGCAGCGGAGGGAGGGGUUGGUGGGAGGGAGGGAUUGGGCAUAGUCAGAUGAGGACCGCCGGUAAAUGUAGUAAUCUGCUUCUGCCCGCCUUGUAUAGACAAACACACAGGAAACAUAAUUAAAAAAACACGUGUACAUUUUUUUCCUAACAUUUUGAACAAUGUUUAUAAAAAGAUUGAAUUUAAAAAAACAAAAAACAGGUGAGUGGAGGGAAAAAAGAAAAAUGUCCAGAAGCGUGUGAUUGAGCUUUUUACAGUGUAGUGCGUUAGAGCAACUGUCCGUCUGCGAGAGGGAGAAAUGGAGGGAGGAGGGAAGAGGGAGGGGCGUGGCCACAGGUACACACUAACACAAAGGGAGGAGAGGCACAGGAGUAGCAGCCACUGUUGUACAUUUUUGUCUCACUCUUCUCGGUGGUGAUGUAAAUAGUCACAUGACCCCUGCCACAGCAGCAGGUGGGCGGGACUUAAAGGGACAGUUCUGUUAUUUAUCAGGCGAUUCACGUCUUCACACGUCUUCUGACUCACCCAACAAUCAUUGAAAUUCACCUGAUUUUUGGAAGCUUAAAAAUGACACAUUGAAGGAUUCAGUCAACACCAUAACUGUCACAUACAGUUUUUUUCCCCCAAGAAUACCUUUUGGAAAGCUAAGAUCGAGAUUGGAACUGUCGUCUAAUUGAGUUCACCGUGAGCGCCCCCUGUGCCAAAGGCCAGCAUCAUGCAUGAAGGCAGUGGACACAAUAUAAUUGGCUCAAACAUUAAAUUUAAUGAUUUUGGUGUUUUUUUUUUCUCAUUGACAAAUCCACCAAACAAUUUCUUAGUCCUCUGGUGCUUAAAACACUGAUUUUCUCAAUGGGGUUUGGCGUGGAAGUUUGUUGUUUAAAAUGUGAAACAAACUUGAAAAAUGUCUAUUUUUCUCUGAAUUAGGAAAAAGUUGAAUACAUGUUACUUGGAUUAAGGCAGGGGCAUCAGGGGGUCAGUAAUGCAGCAUGAGCUAAGUGGGUGAAGACCUCGGUCUAUUGCCAGUGUUUGGUGUGUUGGUUCUGAGCACUAUGGGGAGCUCACUGUGGCUGUACGUUGGAAGUAUUUCACUUUUUUUUAUCAGGAGUUUUCUGUGCUAGCGUGAUGGUAAAAUCUACCAUUUGAGUCAGCUGACAGGGUCUUUAUCCUGGAGCCAGGUUGGACACAAUGCCAUCGUCACUGUUGGCCUCUCUUCCUCCUCAAGUCCAGUCGAACCUGAGAUCCACAGGAAGCUGUGGCUCUCAUGUUCUCACAUUUGCUCAAUUCCCAGCAGCGAUCAACGUGUAAACAACAUGGGCACAGCUACAUUUUCCCCUCUGGUAGGCUGGUGUGCAGUUCCCAACAUUUUGUUUACACUCCUGAUUCCUCGGACCAGGUUUUGGGACAAGCCCCGCCCCUUUUAGGUCCUGCGGUGGAGUCCAUUUGGUGUGUGUGUGUGUGUGUGCGCGCGUUUGUGUGUAAGUGUGUGUGUGAUGUGGUGUCCUAUGGUGCUUGUGAUGGAGCUCAAACAGUCCAGGUCUGUGAACGAUGAUGAUGAUGAUGAUGAUGAUGAUGAUGAUGGUGGUGAUGAUGAUAAUGAUGAUGAUGAUUGCGACAUGGAAUUUCCUGGUUGUAUAAGCUCCUCUGAAGGAACCCCAAGAGAUUAUUGAUAGGUCAGUCUAUUGAUUGAUAUCAGAAGCAGGAGACGAGUGCAUUAGCAACUUUUGUUAAUCUCGAUGAUGUCGCUGCUAACUGUUUGUGACAACUAGCUCAUCUCUAACGUGUUGGCGCUCGUGGAUGCCUCUUCCUGAGUCCUGAUGUUUGUGUUCUGAUGUGAAUGUGUCGGGUCCAUAGAGUGAGUAGCUGUUUGAGUUGUUUGGAUGUCUGCUACAUAUAGUGUCAGCAUUGUGACUGCAAAUAAACCUCAUUGAUUUUUAAAACGA